GAAGAAUUUAUGCUUCUGCUUCACUUGCGCAGUUUGGUGGGGCUUUCGAAAACGCUCCGCCCGGCCUUGUCUUUUCUCACGCGCAAUGAAAUUCUUCAGGAAGCCCGGGAGGUCCUUACUGAGGAUGACCUGAUGCAAUACGUGGUGUUUGCAGAUCGCCUGGCGAGAACACUGGACGGGGAGAGCCUCGUCGCAUUCCCUCCGCCGCACUAUGGUGCGACACAGCCGAUCUCGGAAGCAGAAGCCUUGGCGGUGCAGUUUCUUCAGGAAGGCUCAGGAUCGCUGUGGACAGCCAUCCGUGAGGUUGCCCGGAGCCUGGCCUUUGAGGAGGAUGCCAGAUUGUUAAACACGGCCAUCCUCAAGAUUCUGCAUACGCACACGUGGACCACCCUCAGCAUCCACCUCGACGACAUGACCAUGCCGCACUGUGAUAGGGCCAACGCUCCAGGCAACAGCCUAUUGCUGGGUCUUACUCAUCACAACAGUGGUGGACUCUGGAUUGGGGAUGGCCAGGGAAAGCAUGCUAUGCAGAUCGAUGGGGAGAUGUGCAAAGGUACUAUCUAUAACACCCAGGCCCAGGCGAUACUGUUCAACGCCCGCGAAAGCAUGCAUGGCACCAUUCCAUGGAGUGACAAUCGCUGCAUCAUUGUGGCGUACACCAUCGGGCA